UGAAGCUGAUUGCGCAUUUUUCUUUUAAGCUUUUUCCUCCGUCAAGCCCAGAUUCCAAAAUCUAGCUGAAUUUCUCCAUCCGGGCGCGCCUUCUGUAAAGAAUAAUUCACACAAGUAUUUGUGUUUUUUCUUUUUUUUUUUUUUCAGUUUUUGGGAUCAAGAGGAGAACACGAAAUUCACUGCUUCAUCUGCUUGCUUCGUGCUUAUUGGCAAUAGCGUUUGCCUCGCUUCCGAAUUUUUAAUCAAAGCUCAACCUAAUUUCGUUGUUUUUCCUCGAUCAGUUUUCAUUUUGCUUGUGGAGAAUAUGGGUAACGCUGAACCCAGUUUGCAGGGUUUGUUGGAAGAGAAGAAGCGAGUUAGGAAUCCCUUAGUCCCCAUCGGUGCACUUGUUACUGCUGGUGUACUCACGGCUGGCCUGAUCAGUUUCAGACAAGGUAAUUCUCACUUGGGCCAGAAGUUAAUGAGGGCUCGUGUUGUUGUCCAAGGUGCCACCGUGGCCCUCAUGGUUGGCACUGCAUUCUAUUAUGGAGAUAAUCCCUGGCAAUCGAGUAAAACUAUUUGAUUGCUUUGUUCAUUUCGGUUUGUCUUGCCUGUGACGUGUAAUGUUGAUUUUGGGUCUUAAAGGACCCAGUUCCUUGCCUGCAUCGUAUUUCUUUCAUUUCUACAAGAAUGAAUACACCCUUGGAUCUUCUCCAUACUCUCUCUCAAUGCAUCUCUUCAUUCUACCCAUUUAAUUAUUCAUUUAAUUUAA